AUGGAUCCCAGAUAUGACAUACCGCGGAGGGCCACCGCCGGCGGCAGCGGGGGCUCCGCGAACUCGUCCCCAGCUUUGGGGGCUCAGUCACGCCGCAGGAAGAUGCCUCCGAGACCCGCUGAUUUCAAACUCCAAAUUAUAAUUAUUGGCUCUCGCGGUGUGGGUAAGACCAGCCUCAUGGAAAGAUUCACAGAUGACACUUUCUGCGAAGCCUGCAAAUCCACCGUAGGGGUUGACUUCAAAAUCAAGACAGUAGAGUUAAGAGGGAAGAAGAUUAGACUACAGAUCUGGGACACUGCAGGCCAGGAAAGGUUUAACAGCAUAACAUCAGCCUACUACAGAGGAGCCAAGGGAAUAGUACUCGUGUAUGAUAUCACAAAACAGGAGACUUUCGAAGACCUCCCCAAAUGGAUGAAAAUGAUCGACAAGUACGCCUCCGAAGAAGCAGAGCUGCUGCUGGUCGGGAAUAAGCUGGACUGUGAGACUGAUCGUAUCAUCUCCAGACAACAAGGAGAGAGGUUUGCCUCUCGGAUAAGCGGAAUGCGCUUCUGCGAAGCCAGUGCCAAGGACAACUUCAACGUGGACGAGAUCUUCUUGAAGCUAGUGGACGACAUCCUGAGCAAGAUGCCCCUGGAGGUUCCCAACAGGGAGCUGUCCAACAGCGUCCUGUCCCUGCAGCCCGAACCAGAAGUGCCCCCGGAGUUACCCCCUCCCCGCAUGCGCUGUUGCUGA